AUAUUGUCCUAAUUCUACUGAAGUAUGGUGCUACAGUAAAUAAUUGUGUUUGGGAUGAGGAAUCUGAGUUUUAUAUGGCAUCGCACAAUGGACAAUUGGAUGUAUUGAAUAUUUUGUUAGAUAAAUUUUAUGGUAAAAAAAUGUAUUUAACUUUUUUUAAUAACUAUUAUUGCAAUAACAGAUACAUUAUACAUUGAAAUGAAAUGGUUAUGAAGAUAGCCUUUCUCCUAUUAUCAAUCCAAAUUUAAAUUUAUUGUUAGAAAAACAAUUUUUAAUUAGAAGUAUCUUGUGAAACCUAGAAAAGGAAAAAAUGAUGUGUUCACUCAAAAAUAGUAUGUCAAACCAAAAAAUUAUGCAAAAAUUAAGAAACAAUUGCAAUAGGCAUGCUAAUAUGAUAAUUUAAAAUAAUAAAAAUCAGUUUAAUUUAUUAACCUGAAACUGUAAUGUUUUUCUAAGCUCUGGUGCAGGAGAAAAAUAUAUGCUACACUUUGUUUUAUGCUGCUUGCUGUGGUGGUAAAUUGGAGGUGGUCCAUAAAUGGUAUUUUCCAACUAUGGACCUGAACAGUGUAAUUGAAUUUGUGCCAACUCUGAACAAGUGUGAACUGAUGUAUCCCUUGUAUGCUGCAUGUCAAGGUAAAGUAGUAUCUAGUUCAUUUUUAAAAUAAAAUAAAAAAUUUACAUUACAGAUUUAUUCAGGCAGCUGAAACUUAUUUGGUAAGACUACAGAUAUUUUUAAGUAGACAGCUGAUAUUUAGUUCUAUGCCUAUUUGGUUUAUGUCUACCAACUUAGGUUUCUGUCUCACAACUUAGGGGGUUGAAUUUUUUUUAAAAGUCAUGGUUUACCUGUCCAAGGACAACUGCCUUACAUGGCUAACAAGGGUGCUGCAAAACUAAGGCACUUGAUCAAACAAAAGCACCAUUAUAUUAUUUAAAUUUUGUGCUUGAUAAUUUCCCCAAUAAAUCUUAAUAAAUUACUUUGGGUCAUAACCUGACCUUGAAUAAAAGUUUCUGGUGUGAGAUAAAGAUUAACCCACCCUUAGAUGUGAACUUUGUGGGGCAGAUAAUGCAGAGCAUGUUUCAAAGACAUUUAAAUAAGAAGUAUGGUAAGUUUUAAUGUGAGGCCUCGGUACUAUAAUUUGAAAGAUAUGAACAAUAAUUAUAAAUUGAGUGCAAAUUUGCAUAGGUAUAUAUCAAUGUUGUUUUGUAAUGGUUUUGUAAUUGAAAAAUAUCUUAAGCUUAAUAACUGAAAUAUUCAUAAUUAUGAUAUAUCAGCUCAAAAAUUAUUUCAAAGUUUGUUGGGUUAGGCACAAUGCUCCACUAUUACAACUUCUGGUAGAGUGAGACAAGUUUUAUGAUUACAUACUAGUGGUUUACUCAAAACAAUAUAAAAAAUGUAUUAAAUUUAAGGCAAGUAUUGUACAAAAUGUUAUAUUUAAAUGGAAACAUAACAUUUUAUAAAAAUUUAAUGAUAUAAACAAAGAGCCUGAUAUUUUUUUCAUUAUUAUUUUUACUUAAAAUAUCUAUUUUAACUAUUUCAAUGAUUAGCAUGAAUAAAUAUCAAUAAAAUCCGAUUCUUUAAUAUCCUGGUAAUCUGUAGUCAGUCCAAGAAACAACAUCAUUUGACUGAGUUUUCAUAUCUAAACAUAAUUUUUUUCAAACAUGCUUUGACAGUAACCAUUUGAGAAGAAUCCUGAUUAACCUUCAAAUGUUCUUGCUUUUUAAUUGUCACAAUUAUUUUGUAGUAUAGUGUCUGUAAGAAUAUAAUUUUUUUUCUAAAACCAAACACACACCCCCCCCCCCACCCCAAUCCUUUUUUUUGUAGUGUCUUUGUCAUUUCCACUUUAGUGAUUUUUUUGGUAUGGACUAAUUAUAAAGCAUAAAAUUUUGAAAAAUAUUUCAAAUUUUCUUGCUUUUUAAUUGUCACAAUUAUUUUGUAGUAUAGUGUCUGUAAGAAUAUAAUUUUUUUUCUAAAACCAAACACACACCCCCCCCCCCCACCCCAAUCCUUUUUUUUGUAGUGUCUUUGUCAUUUCCACUUUAGUGAUUUUUUUGGUAUGGACUAAUUAUAAAGCAUAAAAUUUUGAAAAAUAACUAGAUGCUAAAUAUUCAUCAGUAGUUGCAGAGGUGCCUUUUGUGACAGGCAUAGAUAAGCCUAAUGAGAUGGUUUUGAGAUAGUCUCACAUUCAUUCAGCAAAAGGGAUUAUAAAUUAAAACAUUUAUUUAAAAACUUACUGCCAUGAACUGUUCCCAAAGUAUUUCAGAAUAACAACAUGGUUUCAUUAAAGUAUAAUUUGAAAGACACCUUACCAUUAUUUGGAAUCAAAUAAAUGUUUAAUGCUAAGAUUUACAAGUAAAUCUAUCCAAUACAUUAAGAUGCAAGUAAGACUAUAAAUUCCUGCUUUUGAAAAUCCCUCUUGAAUAUUCAUUUCCCAAGUUUUAAAGGAUGAUUAAGUUAUUAACUAUUUACAUUCAAUGGGGUCAACUUCUCAUUCUAAUACAAGUUGGUUGCUGUGUAUCAAUUGACAACUGAUGUAGGGGAAAAAUGAUAGGACAACUAGCAAAAAUGAUCAUUUAUUUUAAUGCCUACAUUUUUACAAUAUAAUUGGUAGCUAGAAAGCCAGUUACCAGGAAGACUCAGCAUAAAGAGAACUUUUUAGGAGGACCAAAGAACAGUGUGUAAAAAAUAGUUGAUAAGAUAUCUAGACAAAUCAAACAAAUUGGAAAGUGGGUGCUAUUAUAAAAAUCUAACUUGAAAUAUUCACUCUUAUCUGGAAUAAAAUGUAAUCAUGUUCCUUGUUCUGGGUGUACCAGUAUUUACUGAUGUCAGAAGAUUAGAUUAAAGUCAGAUAGCAGUCAGAUUUUGUUAUCAACCAAUUACCUGAAUCCCUUGAAGAUCACUUUAUAUCACAGAAACAUGCUAUGUCUCCUUGCAAAGCAUAACAAUCCUAGGGCCUAAAUUUCAUUUUUUUCCCUCAAAGUAAUGCCUUUAUUAAGUCUUUUAUUAUCUCUUAAUAUUAUUUAAAACUGCUAUAUUUGCAGGCAGAUUCUUGGACAUUGCAGUUUUUCUAAUUGAAAAUGGAGCCUCUGUUACAAAAGAAAUCUGUGAGAGUUUCCCAGAAUUUACCACUUUCCUCAUCCAAACUAAAUUUCAGACUUCAAAUUUAAGAGCUAAAAAAGAUGUAAGUAGAAAUUGAUUUUAUUAAUUCACAGCAUGAAAUAUACUCAUAUGGAAUAUAAGAUGAUUUACUUAUUGAAAUAGUGAAUUAGUACCUACCCUGUAUACAAAAAAAAACAGGAAGCCAAGAAAAGAUUCAAGUGGAUAAAAACUUCUCUUUUUUUCCAGUUCGAUUUGGAAGAAAAAUCUCUAAAAGGUAUUAUCCCUGGCUGGUUCAAGUCAAACCUUGGUAGUGCAGGUGAGGAAACUGAAUACCCCAUAGAAGUAGACAUAAGUAUCAACCUGUCCAAGAACUUGCUGACAGAUUUGCCUGAUGGGGUUUUAUGGAGCUUACAAGGGUUGACACUGCUAAAAGCACCAGAGAAUCCAAUCAAGUUCAUAAGUGAUGCACUGGAUAUUAGUGUCCUAGCAAGCAACAGGUAUACUAUUUAUUUUUUAAGUGCAGCUUCAAUAGAAACAGCUUAAAUAAUUAAAUUGUUAUCCCAGAAAUCUAUUAAAUGGUUUCCAUUUUAUUGAUAUACUUUAAAAUAAUUACUUGAAACGAGAGGUCGUGUAUUUGGUUAUUGUUCUUUCUUGUCCUAAAUGUUUCAAGGCAGCAGCUAUAUCAAAAUUAUUACUUAGUUAAAAACAGAUUUUAGAGUUGGCUGACAUGAAAGAUUCCACAUGCACAUUUAAAGUGGAAAGGAAUGUAAUUAAGUGGUGUGUAAAUACUGUGAGCAGUUAGUAAUUUAACAGUACCCGGUAUUAAUAUAUUUAGCAAGUUCCGUGAUUCAAGUUAAAUUAAAUCAAUUCUGUUAAAAGAAUUGUUUUAAUAGUGGACAUUUUUAAUGAGUUUUUGCACUGUGAUCAUAAAUACAUUUAUGUAAAAAUCUAAUUCAAAAGUUUUAUCUCUCAAAUUUGAUUUAACUUUUCCUAAUUGUAGCCAUUUUUAAUUUAAAUGCUGGUAUACAUUAAUUAACCUAGAUGAUAAAAUGUUGACAUUCAACGUCAGUUUUUGUAAAGAAUUUCUCCCUCAAAUAAAUCUAUAAUCUAGACAAUAUUUAUUACUUAUAAUAAUAAUAAUAGCAGCUUGCUGAUUGUUUGUUACAUGUUGCUGUAUAUUUAAAAAAAAUUUUUCAGACUUACUUCAUUAGAUUUGUCUUACUGUCAGUUAGAAAAGGUUAGCUCUCAUAUAUUUAACCUGCCAGGCCUUGUAGAAUUAAACUUAUCUCACAACAAUCUUGUCACACUGGGAAGGGAUCAAGGUAAAUUGAAUUUAUAUUUUAAAAAUAAGAUAUAAAUAUAAUUCCUUUAAAAUAUUUGUGGGGCUAAGAAAAAUUGCAGUUUUACUAAAUAUCAAAUAAAAUACUUAAUCUCUUAUGAAAAGAAUAGCCCAAUACUGAUGCAGUUAUGAUGCCAUGUUUUAAAUCUAAACUAAGGUCAUAAAGAUUAUCAUAUCAGUGUUAUAAUCCACAAGGAAUGUCUCUGGCACUGAUUUACUGGAUAUAGAUGAUGUUUAUCUGGUAGAGAUACUGGAGUUUGACGCUGCUUAGUUCUCCUAGCGCUGUUGCCAUAAGAUGUCCUCUCCUCUUGUAGCACUUGUUGACUUUCCCUAGUCAUUCACAUGGCAAUCAGCCGUUAAUCAUAUGGGGAGGCGUUGAGGACUAACGAAUAAUCAACUUGUCUUAAAUAUCUUGCCAGGGAAAUCAGUUAGUCUAGUGCAUUUAUAAACAUAUGAACUGUUUAUCUCAAAGAAAUAUGACCACUAAAAGCUACUUAUAUUUUAGUCUGCAAUAAUUCACUUAUAGUUAUGUUUAACAUGCAACAUUUAAAUUAAAAAAACUAUUUAGCAAUAUUAUUUUUAAUUAUUGUAAGCAAUGUAACAUGAGUAUUUUUUUUUUUUAAUUUUUACAAAGAUUUAUCAGAUGCCUGGAGCUGCAAGAAGCUUCAAUUACUGAAUGUGUCUCACAACCGUCUUAUUUAUAUUCCUCCUGGCAUAAAAAUAUGUGCUGAUAUGAAGACCUUCAAUGCUAAUCAUAAUCAGCUGACUCAAACAUUUCCACCAUGGCAGUGCCCAAUGGUUAGUGCAAUCUUUUUAAUGAAAAAAAUAUCGGAUAAGAUCUGAAACCAAAGAAUAGAAAAAAGGCUUGUCUAGCAUAUUUUAGGAUCCAUAUGAACAUAUGGAACAUAAUGAUUAACAAAUCAAAUGUAAUUAAACAUUCAUAUUUACUUAUAAUGGUUUCCUAAUCCUUAAAAGCUUUAUGAUUAAUCAAUUAUACUUGGAACAAUAAAAUCUGAAUGUUUCUUCUGAUGCCAAUGUCUUGCUGUGGAAAAUUUGUAAACACAUCCCUGAAAAAAAUAUUAUUUCAACUCUCCUCUGGGUGUUGGUUUCAUUGACCAAGCUCUUAUGCAAUGUUUACAGCAUUCAAUUGAAAAGGAUGUAUUAUUCUGUUCAUUUUAAGUCAAUCCAGCUAAAUGAAUCUGGAAUUCGGUAAUAAUUUAUAAGCCUGGCUGGUAAGGCUAGGGGACAAGUAGUAGUUUGCUUAUUAUGAUGCUGUUAGUUCAUGUUGUUUUUUUUUAAAUACUAAAUAUUCAUUUCAGCAUGAUCUGGAUCUUUCUCACAAUCAACUCAGCACAUUUUUACCCAGUGCUGAUCAAUUCUGGAAUUGGACUUUGAAAUGGCUGAAACUAGACCACAAUCGCCUGGAUGAACUAACUGAGAGCAUUGUCAGAUUGAGUAGGUCACUGAAUUUUUUAUUAUUCACCACCUCAUAGGAUAUCAUUUCCAUCUCAUCAUUUCCUCAGCUUAUUUUUCUGGGCCUCACUGAUUAAUGGUCAAUAUGACUGUAUAGUUAAAAGCAUACAUUAACAGUUAAGCUUAUAAAAUGGAGGAAAAAAAGCAAUAGGAAUAUAGAGGUCCCUACAGAUUGAUUUAGAACUGUCAAAAUUCUAUGGACAUAGCAAUAUCCUCAGUCUUCAAAUAAGCUUGCAUGUGAAACUUUAUUAUUUAGUCUACAUUAAAAAGAAUGUAAUGUCACUAGUAAAGUAUUGGUAUAAUACCCCAGUCACGACUUGGCAGACUUUAAAAAUUAUUUUUUCCCCAUGUAUUAGGCUUCAAAUCAAGGCUGAGGAGUUGGAGCAUUUCAAUGGGAGUCAGAAAAUAUUCCAAAGUCAAGACUCUAGUUCAGCGGUUCUUAAAGUGUGGGUUGUGACCCCGUUGGGGAUUGAACGACCCUUUCAUAGGUCACCUAAGACCAUCGGAAAACACUUAAAAAUAAUUUUCGUUGCUACUUCAUAACUGUAGAGUAUUGGUUGGGGGUAGCCACAACAUGAAGAACUGUAUUAAAGGGUCGCGGCAUUAGGAAGGUUGAGAACCCCAGCUCUAGUUGGAGUCAGAAUGUUUUUGCCUGUAUUGCAUGUUUCGACUGUAAAUUGUAUUAAAGAACUUGCUCACUUUUAUAAGGAGUAUGUGCCAUAAUUACUUAAACAUUCAUAUCCUUUAAUUUGUAAAAAAAAAUAUAUUUUAUGUCUGCUAAACAGGUAGCCUAAUCUACCUUGAUGUAUCUCACAACUUGAUAAGGAUUUUACCAGCUGCACCACUUUGGCAUUGUCUUCUCUCCAUUUUUAACUUAAGCAAUAACCUGCUUGGGCUU